AUGCCAUCAUUUUUUAAUAAGCUACAAAGUGCUUUGUUUUUGCGCGACACGGGCGCGCUGACGGUCAAAGGUCAGCUGGCCUACGCCUCGCAGCAGCCCUGGGUUUUCCCCGGAACCGUGCGCAGCAACAUCCUGUUUGGGAGAGAGCUGAACCCGAAGAAGUACGAGAAAGUCCUGCGCGCCUGCGCUCUGAAGAAGGAUCUGGAACUUUUUCCUGACGGAGAUCUGACUCUGAUCGGGGACAGAGGAGCCACUCUGAGCGGAGGACAGAAAGCUCGGCUUAACCUGGCCAGGGCCGUGUAUCAGGACGCAGACAUCUACCUGCUGGACGACCCUUUAAGUGCCGUAGAUACAGAAGUUGGAAAGCAUCUUUUUGAACAGUGCAUCUGCGGGCUGCUGCAAAACAAAUGUCGUGUCCUGGUAACGCACCAGCUGCAGUAUCUGAAGGCCGCAGACAAGAUUCUGGUCCUCAGGGAGGGUCGCAUCACGGGCCAGGGGAGCUACGAGGAGCUGCAGCGCUCCGGCCUGGACGUGGUUUCACUGCUGAGGAAAGACGAGGAGCAGGACUCUGAUAAACUGUCUCUGCACAGUCAGUGGACCAACUCCUCCCACAGCUCCCACAGCAGCCUCCUGCCAGCGGACACCAGCUACUCUGACCAACCUCCUGCGGAAGCGGCUCCUUCGCUCGCGGAGGAGAGUCGAGCAGAAGGAAACGUCAACAGCCACAUUUACCUCAAGUACUUCACUGCCGGCUGCAACUCGCUGGUUCUGCUGCUUAUUGUUGUCAUCAGUGUCGUAGCAGAGGUUGCUUACAUCCUGCAGGACUGGUGGCUGGUUUACUGGGCGAGAGCCGACGUCUUCAACAGCUCGGCUCCCGUCGUCGGCAUCAGAAACAGCGUCAACGCCACGCCCGCAGACGCCGAGUUUCACCUCGCCUUUUACCUCGGCGUCUACUCAGGUCUCACCGCGGCCGCCGUGGUCUUUGGGUUUGUCCGGAGUUUACUCAUCUUCCACGGUUUGGUGAAAUCGGCCCAGAAUCUUCACAACAACAUGUUCAACGCCGUCCUUCGCACUUACGUUCACUUCUUUGACAUCAACCCCAUCGGAAGAAUUCUCAACAGGUUUUCUAAAGACAUUGGCCAAAUGGACUCCAUGCUGCCAAUAACCUUUGUGGAUUUUUACCAGCUGUUUCUGCAGAACGUCGGCGUUGUGGCGGUGGCCGCCUCAGUCAUCCCUCUCAUCCUCAUCCCCGUCGUCCCUCUGCUCCUCUUCUUCCUUUACUUGAGGCGCUACUACCUGCACACGUCUCGGGACGUCAAGCGACUCGAGUCAACGACUCGCAGUCCCGUCUUCUCCCACCUGUCGUCAUCUCUUCAGGGUCUGUGGACGAUCCGAGCGUUCGGAGCCGAGGAGAGGCUGAGGAUGACCUUUGACUCCUACCAGGACCUGCACUCAGAGGCCUGGUUUCUGUUCCUGAUGACUUCCAGAUGGUUCGCUUUGCGGCUCGACAGCAUUUCUUCCAUAUUCAUCACUUUCACGGCGUUUGGCUGCAUCCUGUUCAGAAACGGUCUGGAGGCCGGGCAGGUGGGACUGGUUCUGACCUACGUUGUGACCCUGGUGGGAAACUUUCAGUGGAGCGUGAGACAAAGUGCAGAGGUGGAGAACAUGAUGACGUCGGUGGAGCGAGCGGUGGAGUACACGGAGCUGGAGAGCGAAGCACCGUGGGAAACGGAGAAGCGUCCUCCUCCCGAUUGGCCGAGCGAAGGCGGCGUGACCUUUGACACAGUCAGCUUCUCCUACACCGCAGACGGUCCUCUGGUCCUCAAAGGCAUCAGCGCUACAAUUAAACCGAGUGAAAAGUUAGGGAUCGUCGGAAGAACCGGAGCCGGGAAAAGCUCUCUGAUCUCGGCUCUGUUCCGCCUGGCAGAACCUCGGGGGAAAAUCUACAUCGACGGCGUUUUGACCUCUGACCUUGGCCUCCACGACCUGCGCCAGAAGAUGUCCAUCAUUCCUCAGGACCCGGUGUUGUUUACCGACACGCUGAGGAAGAACCUGGAUCCCUUCGGCCGGCACUCUGACGAGGAGCUGUGGAAAGCUCUGGAGGAGGUCCAGCUGAAGUCCGUAGCCGAGGAUCUGCCGGGAAAGCUGGAGACGGUUCUGGCCGAGUCCGGCUCCAACUUCAGCGUGGGUCAGAGGCAGCUGGUGUGUUUGGCCAGGGCCGUCCUGAGGAAGAACCGCAUCCUCAUCAUCGACGAGGCCACGGCCAACGUGGACCCCCGGACAGACGAGCUGAUUCAGAAAACCAUCCGGGACAAGUUCAGGGAAUGUACCGUUCUCACCAUCGCUCACCGCCUCAACACCAUCAUAGACAGCGACCGGAUCCUGGUUCUUGACGGUGGCAUCAUCCAGGAAUUAGACCGACCCUUUGCUCUGCUGCAGAACCAAGACGGCGCCUUCUACAAGCUGGUCCAGCAGACGGGCCGGGCCGAGGCGGCGGCUCUGCUGGAAUCAGCCGGACGGUCUGCACAGCGAGCCGAACCGAGCCACUCCCAGGACCCGAGAACGGAGCGGAGCAUUCCAGAAUCCAAUGAAAUGUGAUGCGGACGUACAGGUGUUUCUGAGAAAAGUGUGAACAAUUCAGUUCAAAAGGAGAAAUUCAUAACACACACACAUGAAUAUCAUAUUGAUAUUUUUAACGUAGAAACGACGACCAAUUUAGACAGUUUCUUCUUGCGAUGCACCGAUCUGAGGUUUAGUAUUUGCUGCUUGAAAUCAAUAAAAACAAAUUUUUUAACACAGCCAUAAAUAUUGUGAUGUAAGUUCAAUAACUCUGCACCAGUGCAGCUCAUUGAAAUACACCAGUAGCUCCAGUAGUUUAAGAAAGAAUGAAGUCAGACUGAUGAAAACAACAAGUGGACUGUCUCAGUUAAACAUGUGGACAAAUAUUAGAAACGGUGCAGAAAGUACGAUGAGUAAUUAUAAAUAGAAUUUAAAAUAAAUAAUCAAGCAAGACGUUGCACACAGCACCAAAUUCUUACCGAGGUAGAAAACUAACUUUUCAUCGACACUCGAUAUGUUUUCUAUCAGAACCGAAUCUGGUAUCAAUAUUUCUGGAGCCAGUUUCUCAACUUGCCAAAUGAUGCAUGAAAACAAAGGAAUAAGACGCCUGAAGUACAUCAUUAGUAGAAAUUACUUCUUCAAGAUGCUCUGUUUGAUGAAAACGCAUCCGUAGAGAAAAGAAGAUGAAAUAUACUACUAUGUAUUUAGUAGUAAUAAUCUGUCAACAGAAACCCGUCUGGCUGCCGUGCAGCGUUUGGUCAGAUUAGCUCCAAUAGUUCAUUCAUUGAAGUAUCUUUAAUGCUGAGGCGUCGCUCUUUUUGUGACACCUUCUCUUCACUUUACAGCCGAGUUUAUUGUAAAUAAAUGUCUUUAAAGUAAAAGCAAAAUUGAUUUAGAGCAGGAUUAUGAAAUGGCCAGUAUAAAUAUGCCAAUGUUUUCUGUUGCCUUUCAGUGUUUAUUUGUCUCUGUUUCAAUUUGAAACGGUUUGCUCAUGUUCAGAUUUUAUGUCUUUUUGUAUCUUUACACUCCAAAUGCUCCUUUAAUUAUUAGCAAGGAAGAAAGAUAACUGUUGGCCGUCAAUGUAAAGUUUGUAAUUUUUUAUGUUUUCUCAUAAAGUACAGUUUAGAAAAUGUGAAGUUCAGUGUUUUUCAGAUGGUUUGGUGAAUUAAUUUGAAGAGAAACUCUGGACUCAAGUGAUGAGAUAAAUCUGCUAAAUUGGAACAUUUGCAGGCCAAACACCUGGCUGAUGUUCCUAAAAAGAAUGAAAUCAAAAGAAAUCUUCCUAAUAGAAACACAGCAAUGGAGAAAAAAACUAAUGUUGCUUUGUAGUGAAAUAGAAACAUGUCAGUAAUCACACCAAAAAAUCAACUAAACAAAUGGAAGUAUAUGUUUCUCUAACGUAACUAAAGACUAUGUAUCUAUAUUUCUCUCAAUGUGGUCAUUUUAAUUUAAUCACCACUAAAGAGAAAUAUGUAAAAUGUUGUGAGAAAACCACAGAAAGGACAUUUGUUCCAAACUCCUGGAAGAAUGACAAACAAAAACAAGUUUGCGGUAAAAACGAUGUGUGGGAUCCUCUGUCGGAGAUGGCCGGUCUGUUUCUUCCACCGCGUUUAUCUAGGAGACACCGAGGUGCCGGUUUGUUACGUAUCACAGGAUUCUUCUAUGUCAUGAUUUACAGCACGCAACCACAGGAGGAGAUGAAUGUAUUAUUGGUGUACAAACAUCACUUGGUCUUUCUUAAUCAACAUUAUGUGAUGUAUUUGUUGGUGCCACAAAUGGUAAAGAUUGGCAUACAACUUAUUUAUAAAGAAAAGAGGAAGUAGUUUUCAAUGUUUACUUCCAUAAAAAAGGAGUCAUUUUUUUCUGAUCUGGUUUGGAAUGCAUGUUAUGUUGGAGUUAUGACUGUAACCAUGCAUUAUGUAUGUUAAAAAAACUCAUAAGUUGUGAUUUUUUCUUAGAAUGUUUAGCAGAUCAAAUAUUCAGAUGAAAGAAUGUAAACAUUUUCAUGCGUUCGCUCGGUCACUUUAUGUAAUUAGCGCCUAUCCAGAGAGAGGUAGCCAUAUUGACUGUUAUGAAGAGCUAAAGCUGAUCAUGUACAAUAGAUUUAUGUAUUAAAGUAAAGCUUUCUAAAAAA